UGGGGUUUGGACUAGUGCGUCGAGUACCUGCGUCUAUACACGUCCAGUGCCGUAACUGUGACGUAACAUAUGAGGAAGACAUCAAAACGUUUAUCAUAAUUUUAAUCAGAUAUCAAUAUGAUCUUGUCGCUAAGUUCAGAUUAACACGACGAGUUCGGGAUAACACGAGCGAUGUUAUGAGUCGAGUACUUUCGACGUGGAGACAGCCCUGGGGAUGCGUUUCAACGGCGUAGCAUCGUUUCCACGGUAACGGGCCCGUACGUCACAUGAGUCGCCUCAAUGGAGGCGAUCGCAACGGGACUGGUUGAGACCGUCAGGAUAUGGCAGCAACAGAUACCCGCGCCAUUCAUCCGCACGAGUUGACGGCAUGUUGUGGAAACAUCGGCGGUUCUAACAAAACAAACGUCCUCGUUUAAUCACCUUCCAGUUCCAUGGAGGAGAAUGGCGGCAAGAGGAUGCGGGGCAGCAGGACUCGCGGUAGGGCUCGUGGACGUGCCCGAGGUCGGGCUAGAGGAAGAUCCAAGAAGCAAGUCAAGGUUAUUGAGAGCGACGAUGAAGAAACCACGCAGCAGACGGAAGAAACCACCAUGGAAACUGCUGCUGGUGAGCCAGAGGAACAAGAAACACCAGUGGCUCAACCACCCUCAAUUGAACAGCAAUUUGACCUGGAGGCUGAUAUAUCGCAGCUAGAGGCACCAACUUUCACAACCAUCAAUCGGGGACCGCCGGAGCCGAUGCUCCGUCUGCGAUGGGACCAUCGAGUUAAUCUCAUUGGAGAGAAAGUGCUAAAUCCUAUGAUACACUGUUGCGACAAAUGUUCCAAGCCUAUCCUUAUCUAUGGUCGCAUGAUACCUUGUAAACAUGUAUUCUGCCUCUCCUGCGCCAAGAGAGAAGAUAAGGUCUGUCCUCGUUGUAUGGAAAAGGUAUCCCGGGUGGAGCAAACUGGGUUGGGUACUGUUUUCAUGUGCACACACGGAGGAACGCGGUAUGGCAACACAGGAUGCAGAAGAACGUAUCUGAGUCAACGAGAUUUGCAGGCUCAUAUCAAUCACCGUCAUGUAUCAGCGCUUCCGCAGCAGGUGCAGAGUAUGCAGGUGGAUCCUCCACAGUAUGUGCACGCGAAGUCGGAAAUGGACGCCCAGCUGACGAAAGUAUCAACAGUACCGAUGCAAAACGCGCGUCUCAAGUCCGUACAAUCGCAUAUGGUGCCGCCGAUCAUGGGGAACGAUCCGCGAGUGAACUCACUGGUGAACCAACAGCCGUUGGAACAACAUAGACAGCAGCAUGGCAGGCAACAGCAGUCACUGAUGUCGAUGCAGUCGGGUUAUGCGCAGGGCGCUGCGCCACCACCGCCGCCGCCUCCGACUAACGCGCCUAUGCGUACCAAUCUUAUCACCGUGCCAAUCCAGGACACGUCCUCGUUGGCCGCACACGACCUCCAUGCGCAACAAAGCCAUCAUUAUUACCCACCUCCACCGCCGCCGCCGCAGGUCAACUACGGUGGCUACACUGUGCCGCCACCGGUGCAAACACAGUCUCAGCAAUAUUAUCCGCAACCACAGCAUCCAACUCAGGUGGCUUAUGUGCCGCCGCCACCGCCUCCGCAGCAGCAGCAAUAUGUAUCGUCGGCACCGGCCUCCAUAAGACCGUCGCCGAGCGGUUACAUACAGGAACCCCAGUACGGCCCGCCACCGUCGCAGCAACAACCGCCACCGCCGCCGCCACAGGCUCAAUGGUCGCAACAUCAACAGCAGUUUUAUAGGUAAAAGCAGAAGAAAGGGGAAGAUGUGUUUUCUCAAAGACCGCUGUUGUGAAUCGAUAUUGCAUUGUGCGGUGUAAUGGUGAGACGUGAAUAUUGAACUGCGAUUCGUGUAAAUGAUAAAACUAUUUACAUAUACGUACAUAUACAUAUAUAUAAAAUAAGAACCCGUUGUUCUCUCUCUUUCUGUCAUUAUCAGUGAGAUCUGGGUUGGAGAUUUUAUACUUUUUUGAAUGGUACGAUUAUAUGAUUGGAAGUGAUCGAAUUUACAUAAGACGCAUUGCUAAUAAUAAGACGUUUUUAUUAUGUAGAAAAUGAUUUACUUUUUUUUCGUCCCUUCAAUACUUUCAAUAUUCUAUUUUGUCAUUGUAUAUUGCUAUGUAGCAUUGUAUCAUCAAAGACUGCUGUUAAAUUAAGAUAGACAUG